UGUACACAGAUUGUAUCUAUGGAAGCUUCAAGUGAAGCUACGCUUUUUUUCAAUUUGUGCUUACUGAUUGUGGUGAUGUGCGUGGUUUUGUGGGAUCCAGAAGUAUACCUACCUUGUAUUUUUAUUGUAUCUUUAUAAAUGUAGUUGUAAAUAAGGAUUUCUUUGACUACAACGUACUUUGCAUAUAUUAAAAUGGCUAUACCACCUUUUCCUUCACAAGAUUUGGCAAAACUCGUUCUUGGGUAUCUAGCUGAGGAGCAGUUGAUGACUGCAUAUGAUGAGUUCUUACAAGCGAGCCCAUACUUGGACGCUAUGCGUAAUGAAUACGACAGGAUAUUUAUGACUUCCCUCAAGAACGUUUUAGCGGAAUAUAGAGCUGUAAAAUAUAUGUGGAAACUUGCAAACCGCUCACACUGAGGAGGAAAUUGUUCAGAUGUGUAAAUCUAUUAGAAAUUAUAAAAUUUCUUAUAGACAAUGUUGAUUAUAACAAAUUACUUGCCCAGGAUAUAGCAGAGAAAAACAGCCUUGAUAAACAAAAUAUUACACUACAAACUGCACAGUGUGAGAUAUGUAAUUCAUUAAAGCUGCCAAAUUGCAUCUGUAAAGGUCAACCAAACACCUGGAAUGCUUCAAACAUUGAAAAUGCAUCUCAAGCGGAAGAAAAGCACUUUGCAGAAUUCUAUUGAGACAACUGCAUUGACAGAUUUGCCAGGAAAUCAUGGCAAUCUUGGAAAAUCACAAGCAAAAAGAUCAAAUAAGAGAAAUACAACUAUACCACCUAAUGUAACUCCUACACAGAAUGACUUAAGUGUAAAACAACCAAAAUCUGCAAAAAACAAAAAUGCACCUGGACAUUCAAAAGUUGCUAAUUGUUCAAAAAUGGGUAUUAAUUCAAAUGUACAGCCAACAUGUGUAACAGGCUCAAUAUCAAAUAUACCUGAAUGCAAUAAUAUUCAUCUUGCUAAGAAUAAUUCUGGAGUGUUUAACAGAUAUAAUAGCAUAUCUGAUAAUAAGGGAAUUUCCAGUGCUAGUACAUUUCAAGAUUUUGCUUCUGGGGUCCAAGCAGGUUGUGAAAAAAGAUGUGUCACUGUACCUGAUUCUAGUACUUCAGAAAAUAUGGUUUUCCAAUCACCUGCACUUAAUAAUGAUAUAAGUAAACACAGAGAAACUUCUAAAUCACAGAUAGUUUUUAAAAUGGAGUCCAUUAAUAAAAACAUACAACCACAACCUAAACCAAGUGUGGCUACUGUCUGUGCAACAUAUUGCAAAAUUAAACCAAAGACUGAUGAACAAAGAAUUAGGAUAUUGUCUGACAUCAAAGUUGAUAAUGCCAUAAAUAGUAAUGAAAGAAAACUAAUCCCUGUAUUAAGAAAUGCUACAUCCACACCUUUGUUGCAAACUUUAGUUAUCAAUGGAACACCUGCAUAUAGACCACAUCCUGUAAAUAUGCAACAACAAAGUUUUACUAAAGAUGAGAUUAUGGCCAUGCCUACUAUUAUUGUUGUUCCAGCAUCAGAUCCAUCCCAAUUGUCUACAAACAUGAAGUUUAGUUCCGUGACGUCUCAAAGUUCUAAUAUUAUAUCAGUGCCGACUAGUCGCACUGAAAAAGUUUUGAGUCCUCUCGUGGUGGAUGUUUCAUCAAAUUCUUCUGAAGAAAAUGAUAAAAAAGAAGAAACAGCUAAAGAAGCAGAAACUGCUGUAAAUGAAGUAGGUCUUAUCAAGACUGUAGAUAUUGCUGCACAACCAAAAAUGACUUCAAUGCCUAAAGAUGGAGUCAAAGCAUGUACAGCAGAGACUAGUACGCCAAUGGUAUUUCCCCUUUGAGAAAAUCUUCUUCGACACC